UGUUUUCUUCUCCACUACCACCAUUCCCACACUCAAUAAAUUCUCCCCUCGCUCCGGACAGAGACCCAUCCAAACGAUCAAAAAAUCUAUCUCCGCAUCCGAAACACCAACCAAAUCGCCGUUCCCUUCGACCAGCAGCUUGAUUCGCCACCGACCCGACCGACAAUGUCGCUGAUCCGCCGCAGCAACGUGUUCGACCCCUUCUCCCUCGACCUCUGGGACCCGUUCGACGGUUUUCCCUUCGGCUCCGGCAGCAGCAGCCUCGUCCCGUCCUUCCCCCGCUCCUCCUCCUCCGAGACGGCGGCCUUCGCGGGCGCCCGCAUCGACUGGAAGGAGACCCCCGAGGCGCACGUGUUCAAGGCGGAUGUGCCGGGGCUGAAGAAGGAGGAGGUGAAGGUGGAGGUGGAGGACGGCAACAUCCUGCAGAUCAGCGGCGAGCGCAACAAGGAGCACGAGGAGAAGACCGACACCUGGCACCGGGUGGAGCGCAGCAGCGGCAAGUUCCUGCGCAGGUUCAGGCUCCCCGACAACGCCAAGGCGGAGCAGGUCAAGGCGUCCAUGGAGAACGGCGUGCUCACCGUCACCGUGCCCAAGGAGGAGGCCAAGAAGCCCGACGUCAAGUCCAUCCAGAUCUCCGGCUAGACGCCUGCGUCCCCUGCGUGUGAUGAAGCUUGCCUGAGUCGUCGCGAUGGAAUAAAUUCGAGUCUUGUUGUGUUGUCCGGUGUGUGAUGGUCUGAUGUCUCGUCGAGUCAGUGAUUCUCUUCUGUCUGUGUUCUCAGUCCUUCUGUAUGUUUCCAUCGUUCGCGUCUGUAAUCGAUGCUGCUCUCUCAGUGACUAAGGAACAAUGAUGCUGUUGGAGUCGAUAUUACGUUU